CAAAAGCCUAAAAGCUUCAGUUCUCUCUUUAUUUCCACUCCAAAAAUUUAACCAGUGCUCUAAAAAGGGGAUGUCUGGUGCUGCUUUACUGGCUCGUCUCGCAGUGAGGCGAGGGUUAACCUCGGCCAUUGCUGCACGACCUCUAUCCACUAGGCUGUCAGCAUACACACCUCGACUAGCCCCUACUUCCGUUUUGGCUGGAAGCUACGAGGGUGUGAGUGUGUGGGCGGGUAUGAGAGGUCUCUCCACCACCAGUGCUGUGAGGAGUGAGGCUAGUGGAGGGGGGGGGGCGUUGUGCCUAAGCUGAAGAUAGCCAUCAUUGGACAAUCUAUGUUUGGAAAAGACGCACGACUCUGAUGGAGGGAGACCGCAAGGCUGGGUUCAGUGUGUUCUGGGCUGAUGACGGCCUGGACACUGGGCCACUACUACUGCAGAGGGAAGCUGACGUGGACAUCAAUGACACUGUCGACUCUGUCUACUCACGCUUCCUCUACCCUGAGGGCGUGAGGGCUAUGGGUGAUGCGGUUGGUCUGAUCCAGGAGAGGAAAGCCCCCCGGAUGGUCCAAUGGGAGGGCGGGGCGACCUAUGACCCCAUCUGGCAGAAGAAAGAAGUAGCCAAGCUUCUGUCUCCAUUGUCUGGAGGGAGCUCACGAGAAAGCCGAAGACAAGAAAAGCCUAACCUGUCCUCAGUGCAGAACACAGCAUCAGGUGCCCCCUAAUGGAGUGAAGGGGUUUCUGAAUGACUACACAUUAAUACCAAGCAAGGAGGACACACACACCCCGGCCACUUGUCAGCAGUGCGAGGAUAACAACAAUGCAGUGGCUUAUUGCAACACUUGCUCCCACAUCUGCAACGAGUGUCUAGCAGCUCACAAACGAUACAAGACGUUUAGUUCGCACGAAAUUGUCAGUGGUGAUUUGUCAGUGGUGACGAGGAAAGCCAAAGCAAGCUUCACCGAAAGAAGACCUACUAUUGUAGUGUCCACCCAGAGGAGGGUCUCAAGCUGUAUUGUGACUCGUGUAUGACGUUGGUGUGUGUACACUGUUUUGUGAGCGCUCACAAUGGUCACAAUAAUUUUAUCAGAAGCAAUGACGGAGCAAGAAUUAAAGCAAAAGAGACAAUCCACAAAUUAGCUGACACCACUGAAUCAAAGUUGAAAGAAUUUAAAGCUAACUUGAAAUACAUCUUUGAUUGAAAAGGAGAAAGUAGAAACCCCCAUUACACAAAGCUCAAAUUGAUGGGAGGGUUGAUUGUCUCAUCCAACAACUUGAAGCAAGGCGUACAGAACUACACAAGGAGAUUGACGAUGCUUGUACGAAAGACCUCAAAGAAUUGUGGGCACAGAAAGAAUACCACGAGACAGCCAUUACGAGCAUGGAGAGUGCUCUGAGCUUUGCCAGAAGAGCUCUAGCCUGCAAGGAAGACACGGAACUACUAGCCCUCUGUGCACAAGUCACCUCCAGACUGAAGUCAUUGAGUCAGCUAAAAUGGGACAGUCAAGCCACAGAAAAAAUUGAAAUAAAUGCCGUGACAUGGAGGGAUGAAACAUACAAUGUGUUUGUCGGAACAAUUUUUACUCUCGUUUCUGCCCCUACUCAACCUACUUGUAGGCCAAGCACCUUCACACAUGGACAUAGUGUGUUGUUCAUUGUUAUGACAUCUUUCGCCGAUGCUCUUAACACUUUCCGGCUUGGAGACAACCAUAAUCUGGAGCUCAGUGGAUCAGCGAGGUGUUCAGGCUCUAUAGAAGUACGUAAUACCGGGUACUAUCAAUCGACGCUCACAAAAUCGUUUACAGAGAAUGUUGCCGUGCAAGUUACAGAGAGUCAAAAUGAAUGGAGAAUUAGUUUUUCUCCUCCCUAUGAAACUACCAGCAUAACUUUAUGCUUGACAGCCAGUGGGCAGUAUGGAUAUGAACCAGUAACAACUGAGCUGAAGUUGUCUUUAUAUAACUCUGAAUUUCCUUGACUUGGCGGCUUAACCUUGAUUACGUAUAAUUAUUAAUUAAUGUACAUACAUGUAUACUGUUUAUCAUUAGUUU